AUGUCUUCAGAAACCAAAGAUUCAGCCUCUUCUGACCAGAAAGUUGGCGAUAGCAACACAACAUCCGUUGUUAAUAACGCCCCAGUUGCUACUACUGCUGUAGAGCCUGUACAAUCCUCUUCCGAAAUAUCUGUUCCACCAACCUCCGCCACCGCCACCUCAGUGUCUUCACCCUCAGAAAAGGAUCAUCAUGUUCAUCUCUCGAAUGCUGACACUGAUGUUUCUGAUGAAGAGCAGGAUGAGCUGAUUGACGAGAUUGAAGCCGACGAAAACCUUCUUGACGAAUACGACCCGGAUACGGAUGAGCUUGAUCUUUUGCACCUCAAGAUCAGGUCGCUGCUUGCACUCAAGCUUUACAAGCUACCAAAUCUGCGGCGCGCUUGUUUUCGUCAAAACCUGAUUCAGUCGAUGGACGGGUUGGAAGACCUGCCUGAAGAGCUCGAGGAGUUGGACCUCUACGAUAACCGUAUCUCUCACAUCAAUCACCUGGCCCAGUUUAAGGACCUGGUUCAGCUGGACCUUAGUUUUAACAAAAUCCGUUUGAUUAAGAACAUUGCUCACUUGACGAAACUAACACACCUGUAUGUGUGCCAGAAUAAAAUUUCGACAAUUGAAAACAUAAGCUCAUUAACGCACCUUACCUACUUGGAGCUUGGAGCUAACCGAAUUCGCAAUAUUGAAGGGCUUGAAAAGCUGGUCAAUCUGGAGCAACUAUGGUUGGGUAAGAACAAAAUCACAAGCCUUCAGGGACUCCAGGGACUCACAAAAUUGCGUGUGUUAUCGAUCCAAUCGAACCGCAUUGUCAAGCUUGAAGGCCUGGAAACCCUGACAAGUCUUGAAGAGUUUUACAUUUCUCACAACGGCAUUGAGAAACUUGAGAAUCUUGAAAACAAUACUAAACUGCGUGUACUUGAUGUUACUGCCAAUAGACUAAAGGUUUUAGAAAAUGUGAGCCAUCUUGAGAACCUUGAAGAGUUUUGGGCGUCCAGCAACCAGUUUGAAAGCUUUCAGGAAGUGGCUUCACAGCUCGGCAAUCUGAAGAACCUCGAGACUGUUUAUUUUGAAUUUAACCCACUUCAGAGGAAAAAUCCUGUUCAGGCAGGUCCGAAUACGGAAGCAGAUGAAGUUGUUGAGUGGCUACAUGAAAAUGAUAUGAUGUUAAUUACUCCAAGAAAUCAAAAAACAUACAACAAUAGAACCAAUAUUGAUUUGGUUUAUGGCUCAGUGGACUUACUUCAUAGAAUUUCAUUUAGUGGAGUGGAUGAAAAUACACUAAGUGAUCACUCAAUUGUGGAGUGGGACAUCUAUAUGUCUCAGAGUAAAAACGGGGAUGAAGUUUUUACUUCGGUGAAGAGAUUGAAUAUUAAGAAUGCAGAUUGGGAAAAGUUUGACAAGGAGCUUUCUUCUGCCAUUAAAGAUUUUAAUGUGCAUAACAAAACUCUAAAAUCAACUGACCAAAUUGAUGACCAAGCUAAAGUUCUUGAGGAGGUUGUAAAAAGAGCAAUGGCAAAGUCGAUGAAGGAAGUUAAGGUGAUGAAAAAAGUCCAAACGCUAUUGGAAUCAAGAAUUAAGGAGAAGUUAGAAAAAGCGCUAGAAGCUAAAAGGGAAGCCCGUCAAAGACAACCUUCUUUGGCUUUGAAACGACAAAAAAUUGAAGAGGCGAAAAAAGCUAGAAAAAUUUUUGACCACAGUUUGCGUGAGGCAAGUACUGAGCAAUGGAAUAAAUAUUUGUCUAGUUUAGAAGGAAAUGACAUUUGGAAGAUUUUGAAACAUGAAAUAUGGAAGGCACUUUUACCUGAAAUUGAUCAUGGUCUUGAUAGAGAGUUUGAAAUUGAUGACGAUUCUCGAUGGCCAAAAUUAGAGUUUGAUGAAGUUGACUCUGCAUUGGCUGAUACCCCAAAUGAUAAAGCUCCAGGAGACGAUGGAAUUACUGGCAAAGUUUUAAAGAUGGCAUGGCUAAAUAAAGACUUUAAGGAAAGGUUUUUCAAGCUUCUCCAAGCUUGUGUAAAGUUUGGAUACCACCCAAAAGUCUGGAGACAUGGCAUUAUUGUUGUUAUACCUAAACCUAAGAAACCUGACUAUUCAAAGCCAAGAGCAUACCGACCAAUUUCCUUACUUAAGAUUCCAUCUAAAGUACUGGAAAAAAUUAUACAAAAAGAAUGA